AUGCAAGAAGUCGAAUCCCAAAAGAACGCCCAAGAUGCUGAGCAUUACCCUGUACAGUCCGAACAUUGGGUUUUAAGAGCAGUGAAAGGUCGUAUCGGGGCUGCUUGGUUCUGUUUUGCCAACUUCGUAUCAUUCGUUCUUAUUUUCCUCAUAUUUCUUGGGAACAUAUACCCAUCGACUACCAUAUUCGCAAUGGCAUCUAUUGACCUUCAACCCCGGUUCAAUAAAACCCUUUCAUCAGAAAUCUACCGCGCAAAUAACUACACCGGCACAAACCCUCUAACCAACCGCAUCGAACAACCCCGAUACCUCUACCUCGGCUUCUCCGGCUACUGUAACAUCUACGACAACAAUAGUACAGACUUCAAUCAAUACUCCAAAGAAUGUAUCAAAUCAUUCGUACAACCACUACUCCUUCCCGACGGCACCUUUCAAAUGCAAAACGGGAAAUUAAGAGAUACUUCCACCCAUGAAUUCAACCUCAAACAAGCAUAUCCAAUGUGGCAGGCUGCAGCCGCACUCAUGAUUCUCAUCAUGCUCUAUAAUGUGGCCGGUAUCGCAGUCGUUUGUGCUGGAAAGUACUACGAGUUAGCGUAUAAGUAUCUUUGGAUCGUGUCGAUUUUACUUAGUAUCCCGCCAGCUGUUCUUGCACCGCUCGCGUUAUCGAAAGUAUAUAGCCUUCUCGAUGAGGCGCAGACGGGUGGGGGCCAAUGUUUGGGUUCGAGUCUGUUUUUUCUUGCAAUGUUGUUGACGUUUGUGGCUCAUCCUGUCUUGCUCGUUGUAGCAGUUGUAAUCGUUGGGUUUGCUAUUGCUAUUGCAUGGUGGAUUAUAUCGGUAUGUUGCAGGAAUGAGACUAGAGAAGAGGGAAAAGCGAGGGAAAGGAGGGAGGAAGAAGAGAGGAGGGCGGUAGAAAUGAGAAAGUGGUAA